GUGAGCAUCUGGAUCCGUGUACUCUGGUGAAGGCGUAAUCUUACUCGAACGAUAUUUUUGCGGCCCACUAGAUGCAUUGGAAGUCCUUUUUUACAUUGUGAUGUCAACGCCUCUGUUGGUGUACUGUGGUACCACUACUAAAUCGUCACAUGAAAAGAUGUUGUCGAGAGAGUGCCGUAAGUUUUCGUUAGUUUCAUUAAUUAGAGAAAGAAAACUGUGCUAAAUUCAAUUGUGAGUGACGCUGACGCUAAUGUUAUUAGAUAUAAGCAGACAAGCGAAGAAUAACGGUAGUGAUAGCAUAGAAAAUGCAUGGAAAAGUAAACCAUCUAUUGAGCGCACGAAAAUUGCUUUGAAAAAAUCGACGCGGCAGUAGAUGACAGCUCGGGAUGUUAUGUUGUGAAAAGUGACAAGCACGAAUAAAACAAAAACAUUAUCAGAUUUAAGUGCUUGAAAUUACACAACCAUUGAAAAUGAUACGAUUAAAUUUCAUCCUAAGAGUGCUCGUGACGUGUUUCCUUUUGGGAACUUUCAUCGACUUUUGUGAAGCAAACCCGGAUGCAAAGCGGCUGUAUGAUGAUCUGCUCAGUAACUAUAAUCGUCUAAUACGGCCCGUCAGCAACAACACCGAUACGGUGUUGGUCAAGCUAGGAUUGAGGUUAUCACAGCUGAUCGACCUGAAUCUAAAAGACCAGAUCUUGACCACCAAUAUUUGGCUGGAGCAUGAGUGGCAGGAUCAUAAAUUUAAAUGGGAUCCUGCAGAGUACGGCGGUGUGACAGAGCUGUACGUGCCGUCCGAACACAUCUGGCUACCGGAUAUCGUACUUUACAACAA